AUGAAUCGCCCACUGGAGUCAAUGGUCAUAACAGAUCAUCAUGGCCCUGCAGGCAUCAGGGACCACUUACAACCAAUUGUGGUGGUGAUAUCAUCGACUGCACUCGUAUUCACAGGAUGUGGUAUCAACUUCGCCUUCGGUGUCUGGCAGGAACUCUACGACUCCAUGUCUAAACUCCCAAACACUCCAUUCACAGGAGCAACGCCAGCGCAAAUUGACCUGAUCGGUACACUGUCCAUCGCGCUCAUGACAAUUGGUGCUCCAUUCACGACCGCAUGGACAAAACAAUACUCACCCCGAGCAGUCAUUUGGAGCGGCGGAAUAAUCUACUCCCUCGCACUGAUCCUAGCGAGUUUCAGCCAAGCCCUUUGGCAAUUCAUUCUCACUCAAGGCCUCCUCCUGGGAAUAGGAACGUGCAUGGCAUAUAUGCCCUCCGUGACAGUGGCACCGACAUGGUUCUCGCGCCACCGAGGCUUAGCAAUGGGAAUUAUUCUCGCAGGAACAGGGUUCGGCGGCGUGGUGUGGCCACUCGCGUUCCGUUUACUCAUCGAACGGGUCGGAUUUCGCAAUACCCUCCGCAUCACAGCUUGUCUCUCCUUCGUCCUCAUUUCCAUCUCCGGUACUUUUAUGAAAUGGCCGGCUAGUCAGAUUGCACGUAUCGAGGCAGAGAAUUCUGUAACCAUACGGUCGGCCAAUUUCUUCCGCAUUCCUUUAGUCGACUGGCGUGUUGCACGUACCCGAAAAUUCGCGGCUCAUGCCUUGGGCGCUGCACUUCAGUCGGCUGCGUAUUAUACACCUGUCUUCUUCUUUUCGUCCUUUGCUCGUACUCUCGGAUACUCGACGGCGACGUCGGCAAACUUCAUCGCGAUUUCAAAUGCCGCAAAUGCCGUUGGGAAAAUCGUGAUUGGCUACGCUGCAGACCGAAUGGGCAGGCUGAAUACCUUGUUUCUGACAACUUUUCUUUCUGCGAUUGCCGUGCUAGCGCUGUGGCUUCCAGCAUCGCUAUCAAGCUCCCAGUCAAAUGGCAGUGUUUUAUUUAUCGUGUUCACUAUCGCCUACGGCAUAUUCGCAUCGGCCUAUGUGUCUUUGUUCCCGGCGAGCUUGGUAGAGUCAUUCGGGGUACAAAACUUUGUUUCUAUCAAUGGGGCUCUAUACAUGGUUCGAGGCUUUGCUACUCUUCUUGGUACGCCUAUCGCAGGAGUACUGAUUCGCAGUUCCCCACAUCAAACCGCUAGCCCUCGAAGUUAUGAGAACACCAGUAUUAUGGUCGGAGUACUGUUAGCAGCCGCCACAUUUGCAGUACUCUGGACCAGAUUCGAAGCUGUAUUUACUUUAGAGGGGGGACAAGGUCAUCGAAGAAAGUGGAUAAUGUAA